UGGUCUGUACUACUAGUAUUCUAGUACUACUAUUCCGACGGUGGUGGUGGUAAUAGCACAGACGCGGCAGAUAUGUCAGACACUUGGAGUUCCAUUCAAGCCCACAAGAAGCAGUUGGAUAACCUACGUGAAAGACUUCAGCGGAGGCGGAAAGAUGCUACCUCUCAACUGGGGCUGGAUCUACAGAGUUCAGAGGGUGGCAUAGCCCCAACCUUUCGCAGCGAUAGCCCUGUUCCAUCAGCUUCCACCCAGCCUCUUAAAGGACCCAGUGGGUCAGCAGAAGUUACACCAGAUCCUGAGCUAGAGAAGAAACUUCUACACCACCUUUCAGACCUGUCACUUGUACUGCCAGCUGAUUCAGUAUCCAUUCAACUGGCAAUUACUACGCCUGAUUUCCCUGUCACACGCCAAGGAGUAGAAAGCCUUUUACAGAAAUUUGCUGCUCAGGAGCUUAUUGAGGUUAAGGGUUGGGGACAGGAAGAUGAUGACCGUCCUACAGUUGUUACCUUUGCUGACCAUUCUAAAUUAUCUGCUAUGAUGGGGGCUGUUACAGAAAGGAAGGGAUCCACAAUUCCAGCUGGAGCUAAGAAGAGAAGGCUGCAGGAGGCAGAUCCUUCAGCUUCAUCAUUAUCUUCAUCCUCAUCUGCCAGUGCCUCAGGGGAGAAGAAGGCAUCAGAGCCACAGAAAAAGGCAAGAAAAAAUGCUUCCCAUCUAGACUUGGAGAUUGAGAGUCUCCUAAGUCAGCAAUCUACCAAGGAGCAGCAAAGUAAGAAGGUUAGCCAGGAAAUCUUAGAACUACUUAACACCAGCACUGCCAAAGAGCAGUCCAUUGUGGAAAAGUUUAGAUCCCGUGGCAGGGCCCAAGUACAAGAGUUCUGUGACUAUGGCACCAAGGAGGAGUGCAUGAAAGCUGCAGGAGCCGACACACCCUGUAGAAAGCUGCACUUCAGGCGCAUCAUUAACAUGCACACUGAUGAGUCUCUGGGUGACUGUUCCUUCCUAAACACCUGUUUCCACAUGGACACCUGUAAGUAUGUUCAUUAUGAGAUUGAUGCAUGGGUGGAACCUGGAGGAACAGCAGUGGUGCCAGAGGCAGUACCAAGUCAAGACACCCCAUUAACAAAGGCAGUAGGAGACUCCAGUGUGGGACGCCUCUUUCCUUCACAGUGGAUACGCUGUGACAUCCGUUACCUGGACAUGAGCAUCUUGGGAAAGUUCUCUGUAGUGAUGGCUGACCCACCAUGGGAUAUUCACAUGGAGCUGCCAUAUGGGACACUAACUGAUGAUGAGAUGAGGAAGCUGCAAAUUCCAGUGCUACAGGAUGACGGUUUCCUUUUUCUUUGGGUCACUGGGAGGGCCAUGGAGCUGGGCAGAGAGUGUUUGAAGCUCUGGGGUUAUGAACGGGUAGACGAGAUCAUAUGGGUAAAAACCAACCAGCUGCAAAGAAUUAUAAGAACUGGACGUACUGGCCACUGGCUGAACCACGGCAAGGAACAUUGUUUGGUUGGAGUUAAAGGGAACCCACAAGGAUUUAAUAGAGGCCUAGACUGUGAUGUCAUAGUUGCUGAGGUGCGAUCUACAAGUCACAAACCUGAUGAGAUUUAUGGCAUGAUUGAGCGUCUUUCACCUGGGACGCGCAAGAUUGAGCUUUUUGGUCGUCCUCAUAAUGUACAGCCAAACUGGAUCACACUUGGAAACCAGUUGGAUGGAAUUCACUUGUUGGAUCCAGAUGUUGUUGCUCGCUUUAAACAAAAGUAUCCAGAUGGAGUGAUUGGAAUGCCAAAAAACCUAUGAACAGAGUUGAACUACUGCAUGUUUUCUAUGUAAAUUUAAUUUUUUUUAUAAAUUAAAUUAUGGAGAAAUUUAUUAAACUUUUUUUUUCUUAUC